AUGAAAGUCGUAAUGAAGAAGCUGCCAGGGAAGGUGAAGAAGGAAGUCGGGCAAGGACAUGGGACAGGAGAGGCAGGAAAGAGGUAUAGACAUUCCCGCGGGACGUACAAUCGACCCGCGGACCUGUGGGACCGCACAUGUCACAUGGCACACAGGAAGAGUCACCAGUUUGGCCUGUGUGACUUCGGUGCAUUGCGUCAGGCUCUGACUCCAGAUUGGUCAGAACACUGGUCUGAAAAUAUGGUGUUUGAAUCCAUUGUGGUGGACCUUCUGAACAAAUUCCUUGGGGAUUAUGUUCAAAAUUUGGAUUCAUCCCAGUUGAACCUGAGUAUAUGGAAAGGGAAUGUGACUCUGAAGGACCUCACUUUAAAGGAAAGUGCUUUGCAAGAGUUGAAUCUUCCCAUCAGGACUAUUUCUGGAUCUCUAGGGAAGCUGAUUUUAAGCAUCCCAUGGACAAAUCUGUACAAUGCACCUGUCAUUGCACAAAUUGAACAGCUUCACCUUUUGGCAGCACCCAAGAGUGUGAAGUACGAUGCUGCCAAAGAAGAGAAGUACCAACAAGAGGUGAAGGAGAAGAUCCUCCAUCAGAUUGAAGCAGCACGGCUGAGGAAAAUCUCACAGCCUGGUAUCAUCCUUCCUGCUCCUGAGGAUUCUUCCACUCAGUCCAAGGACCAAGCAACCUUUGUGGAAAGGCUGUCCUUCCAGAUCAUCAAAAAUAUCCAGGUGAAGAUUAGGUCUAUCCACAUCCGCUAUGAAGACACCGUCUCUCACCCGGGAAACCCCUUCUGCAUGGGAGUGACGCUGGAAAAUCUGUCUCUGGAAUCAACUAAUGCCAACUGGGAAAUUGGCACUGCCUCAGAAUCUACUAAAUUCAUCCACAAGUUGAUGAAGCUGGACUCUCUAGCCUUCUACUUCCAAGACAAUUGUCAUCAGUACAACAUGAGGGAAGAGCAAUGGAUCAAGGGGCAGAUGAUGGAAGAUAUUGCCACCAAGGAUAAGCAGCCUUUCAUGGAUGCUUACUAGAUUGGCUUAAUGGUGUUCAAGCGACAGUACCAAGACUUCCUCUUUCUCCUGGAUGGACUCAGCCGUCUCCAGCGGGGCCUGCCAUACUGCCGCUUCCGCCCAGAUGUUCCAUCUUACAAAGGCUAUGCAAAGGAAUGGUGGCAGUUUGCAAUCCAAAGUGUCCUCUAUCGAAUCCACAAGCGGGAAGAGUCUUUCACCUGGGCCCACAUAUCUGCUCACCGCCGAAGGUGUCGUGCAUAUCGGAAUGCAUAUUGCAAGGUGCUGACUGUGAAGAAGCCCUCUGCUGAGCUCUUGGCUGAGGUUGCUAAAUUGGAGAAGGAAUUGGAUGUAUUCAACAUCAGCCUCCUGAGACGCUCUGCUGAGUUGGAGACAGAGAAAAUUCAAAAAGAAAUGGAGGAAAAGAAGAAGAAGAAACCUCAGGGAUGGUUUGGCUGGAUGUGGGGUGGAGGUGGAGGAGAGCAACAGCCUCAGUCCACUGAGGACUAUUCACGACGAUUAGCUGAGGCCAUGACAAGUGAGGAGAAGGCCAAGCUCUAUGAGGCAAUAGGCUAUGAAGAAGGAAUGACGGUUGCAGAAUACCCUGCCUCCUAUGUGGAAAGGAAGAUUGAGAUCCGCCUUGGUGAAGCACAGUUCAGCAUUCUGGACAAUGAUCAGCCUGUCAAGCUUAUUUCCAAAUUCUGCUUUUGUAACGUUGUCCUGGGAUUAGAACAGCGACCUUCAGCUGAUGGUCUACAGGUGGAUUUCAACUGUACCAAGAUGUUGGCAGUGGGCUGGGCCAGAAGCUCUAUGGAGCCACCAAUGCUCAUCCAGGACCAAGUCCGUGAGGAUGUAUCUGCCGUUUUCCAUGCACAGUUCUCCAUGAAUCCUCUGGACAAGAAGUGCAACUACUACAUCCAGGCCUCUGCUGAGCCCUUGGAAGUCAUAUUUGACUCCCCCACUGUGACCCAGUUGCUGGAUGUCUUCCAGACUCCUGCCAGUCUCGUCCUGGAUGACAUUCAAGCUGCAGCCCGUGGCACAUUUGAAGAGAUCAAGCACUAUUCUCUGUUAGGGAUGCAACAGACAAUUACUGAGAGACCCAUCAUUGACAUUGACAUCCAUCUCAAGCCCUCCCAUCUGGUCCUACCUGAACAUGGGGUGUUUUCUUCCAAGAGUCAUGUUUUGGUGGUCAGUCUCGGAGCCCUAGACAUGCGAACGAUCCUCAGAGAUCAAGAAGUGGCAAAUGUGAAUGCAAUGCUUCAGUCUGGCUCCACCAAAGAAGAAAUCCUGUCUCACAUGCUCAAGGAGAGUGUGGACAAGUUUGAGCUCAAGAUUUCUCAGAUUCAGGCCUUGGUUGCACAUGCAUCAGAGAACUGGUUGGGAGCUCUUCAUGGGGAAUCACAGGGCUUAGAUUCCCCAAGUCCCCUGCACAUCCUCCUUCCCAUGCGCGUGGAAGUUGGGAUCCACCUCUCCAUCCGCUCGGCAGAUGUCCGCCUUCCCAAGGCCAAGAUCAUGGUUCACCUGCCAAGAGUGGGGGUGACAUUGACCCACAAGAAGCUGAUAACCACCCUGCGCCUUCUCCUCACAAUGGAAUGGGGCCAAACUUCUUCCACAAAACUCUCUGUGCCUGCAGUGACAGGAGUUGAAAAGAAGUCCAUUCUCUCUGCAGAUGUCAUGUCUGAAUCUGUCAUUCAUACAACAGAUAUCCUGAACCUGAAUGACAACAUCUUCAAACUUCCAGCUCCUUUGACUGUGGAGGAAGAGAUAGGGAAGGUGCAGUUCACUUCUUUGCAGGUCGAAGCCAAGAUUGAAGAGAUCAGCAUGCGACUGGAGGAGACAAGCUUUUCGUACCUGCCCCCCCUGCACUUUCUCAUCAAGGACGUGGGGGCAUCAAUGAUUAAGAGGGAGACAGACAUGGUCCUCACAUUCAACCUUGGAGGGCUCCUAUUUGAGAGUCUUGGCUCCUCCCAAGUCAUAAUCCUCCAGACCAGUCUGAAGUCUGGCAUGGAGAAGGAUGGGCUCUUCAACCUCCAAUACCUAAUGGCAGAUGAGAAGAGUCCUCAAUUUGAGGAGUUGUACAAGUCCAUAGCACAGCAGAUCAACAUGAAAGUGUCCUCCCUGGACAUAGUGCUCCAGAAGGCUCUCUGCUUGGCCAUGAUGAAAUAUGGCAAUGAUGUCUUUGAGGAACUGAAGCCCCUGAUGACUAAGAGGGCUGGGUCAGAACAUGACCUCCAUCAGACUGAGACUGGGAUGCACAGGCAUGCUUCCUCCCUCUUCCUUCACCAGAUAUCAAAGCCAAGAGGCUCUCCUAGACUGGGAAGGAAGAAGCGUGAUGUAAUCCAGCUGAGGGUAGAGGCAAGCCUUGGACAUCUGGGUCUGACGGUGUCAAGGACUCGGGGACCCCUGUGUGAGAUCUCCAUUGCAGGGCUUCGAGCUUCUUUCCAGAUGACAGAGGAACACAUGAUUGUACAAGCCCAGAUGAAGGACUUCCUCAUGCUGGAUCCCUCUCCCCAUGCCCUCUACUCUAAGAUGGUUCAUAUAGUGGGAGAUGAUGCAUUCAAGCUGUCAGUGCAGAUGUUCUCUAAUGCUGCCAGCAAUCGUGCUUCGGAUCCAUCUGCUGUGGACAUGGACAUCAGGGGUAGCAUAGGAGGAGUCCACGUUGUGUAUCUCCACCAAACCAUCAUGGAUAUUCUUGAGUUCAUCAACCACUUCCAAGCAGCGAAAGAUGCUGUUAUUGAAGCUUCAGCUGCUGCAGCUGAAGCAGCAAGGGCUAAUGUCACCAAGGCAUACCAGCAGGCAUUCUGCAUUCGCUUUGCAGUCGACAUGAAGGCGCCUGUGAUAGUGAUACCAAGGAGUUACACUAGCAGAGAGGUCUUUUUGGCUGACAUGGGUACUCUGAAGUUGGACAAUCACUUUGAAGUGAUUCCAAGCCAGUCAAAAUCUAAGCCACCCCUUGUAUUUGACCACCUCAACAUCACUUUGAGGGACUUCAAGUUCUCCAGGCAGUUGCUAAGUGAGGAAUCCCUGGACAUUCUGGCUGAGGUCCUUCUCAUUGAACCUAUCAGUUUCAAAUUCCUUCUCAAGCGCAACCUCUCCCUUGGCUCGUACCUGCAGUACCCACAAAAUGACAUCUCAGCCAAUCUUGGAAGCAUCCGGGUGUGUCUGAGUGAGGGAGACUACAAGUUCACACUGGCAGUGCUACAAGAGAAUCUAGGGGGUGGAGCUCAGGGAAGCCGGAAAGAAGUGCCUGCAAGCCCAUCAUCUCCAGUUCCUGGUCAUAUCAUGACUCAGUCAUUUCUGCCUGGCUCAAUCUCUAUUCCUUCUGCUGGAUUUGCCCUGAAAGAAGAAAAACUUAGUGCAACAGCUCCAAGGGAAGAGCAGGAUUAUACGGCACUUCAGAUUGGUAUCCAGCUGGACUCAGUGGAACUAGUCUUGUACUCUGGGUCUUCCAAUUUGGUAGGGCAGAAGUUAAUGACAGGUCAGAAGGUAGUGGAGCGAAACCCAAAGCAGAGCCUGGCCCGCUGUAGCCUCUCCAUCUUGGCCUUGAAUGCCAACAUGUCAUCCAAUGGGGAAGUAGAGGCCAAGCUCGUCUUGGUGAACUGCAUCGUUGAUGAUGAACGUGGGACCCACUCGGGAAUCACAAGACUCAUGGAACGCAAGGGCCCACUGACUAAGCUGGUGGAUCAGAUCAUGAUGGAGGAGGAGGGCAAUAAAGGGAAGGGGUUAGAAGAGUCAAAAGAGAAAAAGGAAGAAAAAGGAAUGGAAAAGAAGAUACCCCUGGCUGAUGUAAAGAAACUGCAGAGUAUGGUUGAAUUCAAGCUGAAGCAAGAUUGCAAUGGGAACCUUGACAUUGAAUGCAAGGUGUUCAGCUUCCUCUUGGUGUUUGAUGUGGACUUCCUCAUGGUGUUGAAGGACUUUGUGACUGUCCCACCAAAGCAAGACUCACCCUUUGAAGAGGAGGGGGUGGAGGUGGAGAAGCUUCAGGCCCAGGUGCUUAGGGAGAAGGUGGUGGUGUUGGAACAGCUAGUAAUGGAGGCCAAGACCAUCAUUUUAACCCUGGAGGUGGACUCAGCUGGACAAAGCAGUCCCCUUAUGCUCUUUGAAUCCUCCUUUGUUGGGGAAGUGAACAACUGGAGCUCUGAG